CUGCCAACACGCCGUCGCUGCCCACUUCCUACUCUGGCCGCCUGCCAACACACCGUCGCUGCCCACUUCCUCCAUCGCCAUCUUCUUCCGAGCGCCAGCUUCGCUCCGCACCAUCCACCGACGAGGACGCCGGCCACCACCGCGAAGGGCACCGGCGGACGGACCCUGCGCUGCGCCGCGACUGCAUUCCCCCCACCCUCACCCCGGUCCCCGGCAUUAUUGCGAGAAGAGAACCUCCAUGGCCUGCGACUAGGGGGAGUGGAUACUGCAUGAUUCGGUGAGUCCAAGCUUGGAUUUCUGUGCUGGAUGAUUUGCCAGCCCAUCUGAAUUUACAAGAUUCAUCUCCUAAGCAAAGUGCUAACUGAAUUUGGAUCUGCUCCUAAGCCUGGAAAUGAAGUUCAGUGCAGUUCCAAGUUUGGUCGAGUGUCUGACCUCCGUCUGCCAUCCACCCUCCCGUGGUUUGUCGUCGCCGACACGCUCCCACAUUCGCCACUGCAGGAAGGAGCAAGACCUCCCACGUCUGACCAACCAGCUGCUAAACAGCUCCGGCUCCUCACAGGCCAACCAGCUGCUAAACAAACUCAACGAUCAUCUGGGCUCUGGGAUGCUCAGGCCGGAGCUCGCGCACCAACUGUUCGACAAAUUGUUCCCUCAAACCGUUCCGGUAUCAGCAGACGCACUCAAUGUCUUAUUUUCUGCCCUCGCGUGUGGGCUGCCCUCCGCCGCCUGCAACGAUGGACCUGCCCUCGCCAUCGCUCUCUUCAAACACAUGGCACGAGCAAGAUGCCGCCAGGUGAUGGCACCCACCAAUCACACUUACAACACACUAAUUGAGUGCUGCCACAUGACGCACCGCCCGGACAUAGGGCCCGCCUUCUUCGGCCUCCUCCUCAAGACAGGCAUCACGGCAGAUGUCUUCACCUUCAACAGCUUAUUGAAGUGCCUCUGUGACAUGAAGCAAUCAGAUGAGGCUCUAGGCAUGCUGCUCCACAGGAUGCCCGGCGACAUGCCUGAUGUCAUCUCCUACUCAGUAAUUAUCAAGAGCUUCUGUGACAACGGGAGGAGCCAACGUGCACUUGACCUGCUCCGGAUGAUGACCAAAAAGGGAUCUGACCACUCCCCCAAUGUGGUUUCAUACACAAUAAUCAUUGGUGGAUUAAUUAAGGAGGGUGAACUAAGCAAAGCAUGCGCUCUAUUCCAUGAAAUGAUGCAGCAGGGGGUUGUGCCUGAUGUGGUGACGUAGAGCUCCAUUAUCGAUGGGUUGUGCAAAGCAAGAGCAUUGGACGAGGCAGAGGUGGUCCUUCGACAAAUGAUUGAUAGCGGUGUUCGACCGAAUGCUGUGACAUACGGUAGCCUGAUCCAUGGAUAUUCCACUUCAGGCCAGUUUGAAGAGGUAGUUAGGUUAUUGGAAGAAAUGAGAGGUCAAGGUGUCGAACCAAAUCUUUUUACUCACAACACAGUCAUGGACUACCUUUGCAAGCAUGGAAGAACGAAAGAAGCUGCGGAACUUUUUUAUUCCAUGGCUGAGAAGGGCCAUAAACCUAAUAUGGUCUCAUUCUCUAUUAUGCUUCAUGGGUACGCUAUAGAAGGAUCCCUUGCUGAAAUGACUGAUCUCUGUGAGCUGAUGGCAAGAGACGGUAUCGUACCCAACAUCUGUAUUUUCAACAUACUGAUUAAUGCAUAUGCUAAGUGUGGAAUUAUGGAUGUGGCUAUGCUUUUCUUCGAAGACAUGUUGAAGCAGGGAGUGACCCCUGAUGAAGUCACAUAUUUAGCUGUAAUAGCUGGGUAUUGCAGAAUGGGCAGGAUGGAUGAUGCUAUCAAGAAAUUCAAUGAGAUGAUUGAUAUGGGAGUAGCACAUAGCUUAACUAUUUACAGGUGCAUGAUUCAUGGUUAUUUUCGUCAUGGCAAUUUCUUGAAAGCGAAGGAAUUGAUUACUGAAAUGAAGAACAAGGGUAUUCGUCCUUGUCCGCGAAAAAAGCCAAAGAAUUGAUCCAGGGUACCUCAUGACAGAGCUGUUUACUCGUG